AUGGCGACCGAGAUUCACCGCAGCACCGUCAAGACGUGCUGCGGGCCGGCCUCGUACCCUUCGAAGCUCGUCCCCACCAGAUCCCAGCAUGUCUUGGGCGCGAGGGUCUUGAAGAGGCUCAAGAAGCUCCUCGGAUACUUUGCCAUCUACGUCCGGGAAAAGCCUACCAGGCUCGACAUUGCUCCUCUCGUCAUCGGCAUCAUCACCGCCAUCGCCUCCGGCGUCCCCUUUCUGCUGCUAGGAAUCUUGUUUGGCCAGCUCAUCGAUGACUCCAACGACCGUACAUGCGAAGCCGUUGCCUCGUCUCGGGGUCUUAACCCGGUGAUCCAAGAUUCGUACCAGGCCACCGUGAAUGGCAAGAUCCUCUACAUUGUCUAUCUCGCCAUCGUCCAGUUCGUCCUCAUCUACGUCGACCUCGUCUGCUGGUCCCUUGGCGGCGCCAGGCUCGCCCAGCGUCUGCGGGAGCAGUAUCUUCGCAGCUUGCUGCAGCAGGAGCCGUCUUUCUUCGACCACCUUCCCGCCGGCGAAGUCGCCUCUCGGCCCAGCGGCGACAUCCAGACGAUCCGCGCGGGCACCUCGGACAAGGUCGGCAUCUGUCUCUCCAGCCUCGCCUUCUUCUUGACUUCGUACACGGUCGCCUUUGUCAAGAACUCGAAGCUCGCCGGCAUCCUCAUCUUGCUGGUGCCGGCCUACUUUUUCAUGUCGCCCGUGGGCGGCUGGUUCAUCGAGACAUACUCGUCGCGCGCGUCCGACCGCUUUGCGGCGUCCUCCUCCAUCGCCCCCGAGUCCCUAUCCAACGUUCCCGUCGUUCACUCAUUCGGCGCAAAUAAAGGCUUGAAACCAGCUUCUCAGCAUAUCUGCGCCGGCCUCAUGUACUUUAUUGCCUAUGGAGCCAACGCCCUCGCCUUCUGGCAAGGGAGUCGCAUGAUUGCCGAUGCUGUGGAGAGAAACGGUCAGGGGGCGACGGUGGGCUCCAUCUUUACCGUCAUCUGCAUUCUCGUCGACGCGACGCUCAUCCUCAACUAG